AAUCCGAGCGAACGAACCGAGCGAGCCGCUGCACAGCACGGAUUGGGGCGUUGGGAGCCCUCUGAAUCCAAUGGUUUCAGGCAUGUUUCUUUGUCAUCAUGGGAGGGGAAAAACUCACCCCUCCUCAAACACCGUGGAUGGACUACAGAUAUCCGAACUUCAAGUUCAGUUGCCAGCAAACCCGGUGUCCGAACACACGUUCAUCCCGUGGAGAGAGAGUGAGAGCGAGACACGGGCAAAAAGCUCCUCAUCACUUGGAGAGAGAGAAAAAUUGCUGAGGUGGUGGAGGAGAGAAUUAGAAUUCUCAGAUAUAUCUUGAUGUGAUAAAUGAGGUGAUGGUCGUUUCGUUGAGCAGUUGAGCCGGUCAUGAAUCUUUUGGGCAAGUUGAACACUGCAGACUUGAACUUCACCAUGACCAAAGAGACGUUUCUCACCAAUCUGUUUGAUCCGGCGGAUGUGGGCCCAUCCUUCACGGAUCCGCCUCCUUUGUUGAUCAACGUGAAUCUGGAUGAGGAUUUGAACUGUGCCAAUUGCUCAAAUGCCACCAGUGAGUGUCUCAAUUGUGGCAUUGACAAUCACAACAACAAUGAUAAUAAUGGUAGCGGUGUGGAUCAGGACAUUUAUUUCCUCAUGGUGAUGAUCUGCAUUAGUUUUCUCGUCUUGGUGCUCGUUGUACUUUCAAUGCAUCGAAUAAUCGACCUGUGCUUCAAACACAUGGUCAAGUCAGUCAGACAUUCAACAACCCAGAGAUCUCCACAUUCAACCAAUCAAGGUGCCGCAACAACAACAGCAACAACAACAACAAGAAGUACUACCCGACCCUCGGAAAUUGUCAUCGGGAGAAGGGAAACCACAGGGAGGCCAAAUUCGCGCCAUCCGUCGCUUGAGAUCCUUUCAGGAAUAUUCACCAUGAACCGUCAAAAUUCGUCUCUAGCCAAUAUGUUCAACAACACCAAUUCCCUGCCACGCCCUAGUCAGUCCUCUCGAGCCUCAACGUUAGGCCGAGGGGACCACCCACCACCCUACGAUGACCCGCCUCCUUAUCACGUAGCCAUUAGUGUGGGCAAAGACGAUCCAUCAACAUCCACGAGUAACCACAUAAGUGCUCCAAAUCUGAGGCAUCCCGUCUCAAACUCAAAAGAAGAUGUGGAUAGUGAAAAAGUGAAUACUUCGCCUUCCCGGACUUCGACCUUGACCUUUCCAGAAUCAAAUCGAUGUAUUGAAGGGCCAUCCAGUCAGAACUCGGCUUGUGGUACUUGGUGAAACGUCGCUCAGAGGUUCAUUACAUUGUUGUAUUGUCAUAUCAAAAUGGGAAAUAAAAACGCUUUUGCUAA